AUGCAGCAAGUCGCGGCUGUGUGUCAUGUCCUCCAACCCUCCUACUCCCAAGACCUCCACUCCGCCGGUCAGUCGGAAUCGCAACUCGUUUCUCUCCAAGUUUCGCUCCCCCUCGGUCAACGAAAUCGCAGCAUUACAGACUUCUAUAUCGAUCCCGAUGAUCCAUGGCGCUCCUAUUUCCCCGGAGAUACCAUCAAGGGAACAGUUCUCGUGACCGUUGUGCGGCCGGUUCGCAUUACACAUAUUGUUAUUUGUCUUCACGGCUAUGUCAAAGUCUUUAAAAAUGCGAUGCCGGCAGGGGAAACCAACUCGGAUAUCGGGUUCAUUGGCCCCGGGCGAGGCCGGCGUGGUGCAGAGUAUAUGGGCAAUGGACUGGCGACAUUGUUUGAGGACGAGAUUGUUCUCUGCGGCGAUGGCCGGCUCAAGGAGGGUAUCUACAAGUUUCGCUUUGAGAUGACACUUCCGCCGUAUGCUCUGCCGAGUAGCAUCAAUUUCGAACGAGGCACUGUUUCAUAUGCGCUCACGUCUACACUUACCCGACCAACUACCAUGAACCCUACACUUACUUGCCGAAGGCGCGUCAAUCUCCUUGAAAACAUCGACAUUGCUCCAUUUCCUGCUCCCAAAGCCCGCAUCGUCACAUUGGAACCGAUCUCCAAGCGCUCAAGAUCCAAAGCAAAGAACAAAUCACCCGCAUCGGAUGCCACCGCAGCAGCGGAUACCUCUUCAAUAGAUACUCCUGUCAACGGCACAGCUGCAUCCACGGAACAUAGACCUUCGCUGAGUCCUUCUCCGAGUAAUGUCAGCUCCUCAAGUCGACCCAGCAAUAGCAGCCAGAGUUUCCAGAUCGCAAGCGACCCUAGCUCUACGAGUACCGGAGGAGGCCGAAACAGCGAAGGACGCAGUGCGACACCUUCCAUCUCGGAUAAAACAAUCACAGCCAAGGCGGAGGUUUUGCGCGCCGGCGUAUUACCCGGUGACACGCUACCCAUUAAAGUUACCAUCAAUCAUUGUAAACAAGUGCGCAGCGCGCACGGCAUCAUUAUCACUCUAUAUCGGCAGGGCCGCAUCGAUCUCCAUCCAACCAUCCCCAUUGGAAGCCAGACUAAUGGAAAGAAACCGAUCUACGAGGAUUGCUACCCACGCUCUCGCACUGGCCUUGGAGGAUUGACUCUUGGCACCACUCGCACCAGCAGCACAUUUCGCAAGGAUUUGUCACAAUCAUUUGCGCCGUUGAUCGUGGAUCCGACCAACAUGACUGCCAUUGUCAAAACGUCUAUUCGAGUUCCUGAGGAUGCAUUCCCCACCAUCACCCGCGUACCUGGAGCCAUGAUCAAUUUCCGCUAUUAUGUGGAGAUUGUCGUCGACCUGCGUGGCAAAAUCACUUCGCCCGAUCGUUUCAUUCCUCGAUUUAAUAUGGUCUCAGGCGGGAGUACAUUUUCGCCUAGUGGUCAAAUCUUGAAUCCGGCCGAUGCCAAAGGCAGCGCCAUCACAGCUAACUGGGCUGGGAAUAUUCUUGAUACGGACCAGAUUCGCAGAGAGAAAGGCGUCGUUUCGGUAGGCUUUGAAAUUGUUGUAGGCACCCGGGACUCCAAACGUGGCCAGACUGCUGUUGAAGGUACCCCGUCUACUGCCGGCGAAUCCACCGCAUCCCAUCCUCCCCCCUUGACGACUCUGAAUCCUGCAGCUCAGAAUGGUGAUGGAGAAGAAUGGGCCGACUCAAGUCCUAAUGAGUACAGUCAAGAAGACUACGAAUUUCCUGAGGAAGCCCUGGCGGAUUACCCUGAAGAUUAUUCACAGCAAUUCCCCAUGGCCGCGCACCCUGAAGAGGAAGAGCCUGUUGAUGAGAAGACUCGACUUCGACGUCACGAGGCAGCACUCUUACCCAGUCAGCCACCCGAGGAAAAUGACGCAGGGCCUUCAACUGAGCCAGAUGUACCAACUGCGCCUGUUCUCCCAGAGGAUCAUCACCUGCAAGACUACCAGCAUCUGUCCUCGUCAACUGCAGAUGCAGGGCCCCAUCAUGUUCAAUCUGCAGAAUCCCUGCAGACCAUUGUUAUAAACGGGACUGCCCCUGAAGCUGGAGAGCCUUCUUCAACUCCUAGUGAGGAUAAGCAAGAGCUUGAACGCCAACGAUUGAUGCAACAGGCCAGUACACCUAGUGCACCUCCUCUGGAGGAGGUCAAUGGCGAGGGACCUAGUGCUCCAGUCUUUGAUGAAGAUGAUCAAUUGGUGGGUGGUAUGGCUCAUGCAGAUGAGUCUUUACCUCGGUACCAGCGAUGA